AUGCUGGUGGAGGGCUGGGCACUAAGUAACACAGUACCAUGCUGGUGGGAGGGCUGGGGCUGGGCACUAAGUAACACAGUACCAUGCUGGUGGGAGGGCUGGGGCUGGGCACUAAGUAACACAGUACCAUGAUGGUGGGAGGGCUGGGGCUGGGCACUAAGUAACACAGUACCAUGAUGGUGGGAGGGCUGGGGCUGGGCACUAAGUAACACAGUACCAUGCUGGUGGGAGGGCUGGGGCUGGGCACUAAGUAACACAGUACCAUGCUGGUGGGAGGGCUGGGGCUGGGCACUAAGUAACACAGUACCAUGCUGGUGGGAGGGCUGGGCACUAAGUAACACAGUACCAUGCUGGUGGGAGGGCUGGGCACUAAGUAACACAGUACCAUGCUGGUGGGAGGGCUGGGCACUAAGUAACACAGUACCAUGCUGGUGGAGUGGGCUGGGCACUAAGUAA